GCAGGAGCCUCGCGGAAUGUGACUCAUCGGUAUCCAGUCCAAUCCUACUAUAAUAAGCCUGUUGGAUGUGUUUUGAAUACCAACCAGCUUUGUCUCGUCUCUUUGCACGAGUGUACAUUCAACUCCUGAUGAAUCAUCACGAAGGAGACCCAGCCUUUCGCGUACUAUCAAUUACAUGCGAACGUCAAGUCCCAGAAUCUGUCAAUCUGCCUAUUGCAGCACCAGUGCUACUAGUCCAGGAGGAAACAUACAUAGAUGCCCCACUUCAUACCGAGGAAAGGAACAAAGGGGCACUAAAAACUAUAUUCCAUGCACCGACUGUGCUAGAAAAUAGAUCCUUCUAUAUCGAUUUUGAAGAUGGAGAUAGGCGGAAUCCAGUCAACUUCUCUCCCGCAAGGAGGUGGGCAAUGACAAUAAAUGCUUGUGCCUUUACGGGCGUUGUAGCUGCCGCCGUGUCUUCAUAUAACAUGGGUUUCUCGUCUAUGACCAGAGACCUCGAUUGUACAUUAUUCCAAGCAACUCUGGGAUUUAGCAUGUACAUUUUAGGAUUUGCACUCGUGCCUCUCGUCACUUCAUCGUUUAGCGAGGAAUUCGGCCGCCUUCCUUUUUACAUCGUUUCGUCUUUCAUGGUUGUACUGACUGAAGUGAUGACAGCUUUGGCACCGAAUAUACAAACCGUUAUUGUAGCUCGUGCAAUUGGAGGAUGCUUUGGCUCGACUGCCACAACACUCGUUGCUGGGACUAUCGCAGACAUUUGGCUGCCUCAUCAACGGGGACUCCCAAUGUCCUUCUAUACCUUAGCGGCUCUUUCAUCUGCUGGUUUAGGCCCGAUGGUUGCAGGCUGGAUCGAAGCUAAUCCAUCCCUGCAAUGGCGGUGGAUACAAUGGAUCCAAGCUAUCGCUACCGGGGCGUGUUCUAUCUCCAUGCUUUUAGUUCUAAAAGAGACUCGCUCGACCGUCAUUCUGGCUCAUAUGGCCCGUCGAGUUCGAAAGGAUACUGGAGAUGGCCGGUAUCGUGCAAGAUCAGAAGCAGACAAGCCCCCCCUUAGGUCAAUGAUCGUGACUUCAUGCACUCGCCCAUUAAUUCUCUUAAUCACUGAACCCAUUGUUCAGGGCUUUAGUCUCUGGAUUGGUUUUAUAUGGGGAGUUCUCUACUUUUUACUUGACUCAAUAUCGAGCGAAUUCGAAAACAUCUACGGAUUUGGUGUCGGAGAGACUGGGAGCGUUUUUGUUACCAUAACCAUCGGAAGUGUUCUAGGUUACUUGGCUAAUGUCUACGGGGAAGGACUAUACAAAAAAUAUGUUCACCGCAAAGGCCAAGAAGCUCGUCUUUACAUGGCUUGCGUAGCAUCCGUAAUCUUUCCCAUUGGAAUGUUCAUCUUCGCGUGGACCGCCCGAGCAGAUAUCUUGUGGAUAGUUCCCAUGAUCGGCCUUACGCUUUUCACGACCUCCGCUUUUGUCAUAUAUCAAGCCGUAUUCAUCUACUUGGCAGAUUGCUACGGACCCUACGCAUCUUCGGCGCUGGCAGGUCAGAGCCUGUUUCGAAACAUACUUUCCACUGUCUUCCCGCUCCUCACGAGCCGAAUGAACAACCACCUGACGUACAAAUGGGCAGGUACUGUCUUUGCACUAAUAGCGGCCAUCAUGAUCCCCAUACCAUUUAUUUUUUUCUUUUAUGGGCCAAGAAUACGAGAGUGCAGCCCCGUCUCCCAGAAGAUUCAGAAGAUCGAUGCUGAACAAAAUAAUCCGGACUUGGAAAAGUCGUAAGACUAUCUAUCCGCUCGUUGCUUGUUGCUGAGUUAUAGAGAUGUGGCGGGAAUCUCACCGCAGUUAAUUAUUACACGUUGAUCGCAUGAAUGUAGCAAUCAAUUGGCAGUUACAUACUCAAUAUGAUUUGACAUUAUAUUAGGUGGUACACUUGAUUUAUGUCUUCUACGCAAUUAUAAUGUUGACCACUAUUUACCGCAUGCUCCAAUCAAAAA